AUGGCAUCUUCAGCCCAGGCCUCCACCACUCUCGACGAACUUCCAGCCCGACCUCCAACUCCUCCUCGAGAAUCCCUCACGGACAAGGCAGACCUCAUGAAGGCCUCCGCCAAUCGCCCAUUCGACCCGAGACUGAGCCUUCAGACACCGCCAGGUGCUAAUACCCCUACGUCGACCGGGGCAACCAACUCAGGUUCGACUUCCAGACGGUCAAGAAAGAAGGUCGAAUGGUCAAGCCAUACCGAAUACAAAGAUCCCCCCGAUCUCGAAGCUUCGAGGUUCUUCAAGUCAUCACCCAUCACCACCCCUUCUGCCGCUUCCUUGAGGCCCAUCAAGGGUAUCCUCAAGCCGUCACCGUCGCCGAAUCCUCUGGUAUCCUCUCUUAAUGGUCAGCCCAACGGCCUUUCACACCAAGCUAGUAUCGCCGAAAUGUUGGACUCGACUAUAAAGCAACUCGCUGGCUCCGACCGGGACUCGCGGCUCGAUGCUUAUAUGAUGCUCUCUCGUGCGCUCAAGGCCUCCAAUAACUUGCCUGACAGAGUUGCUCUACAAGGGAAGAUGAGCCUGUUUAUGUCUUUUAUCGAGCGCGAUGUUAAAUCCAAGAACGAAAAGGGAACAGCCGACUCUUCUCUUGUCAACCACGCCCUCAACCUUUUAACGACCUUUUUGCAUUUUCCUGCCAUUGCAUCGACUCUUACAUCCGACUUUGGCAUCUUUAUAAUCGACCAUUGCAUUCGAUCCUUCUCUGACCCAGCCCUCACGAAAGAUCUGGCACGCCAUCUUAUGCAAGUAGCUGCUUUCCAGUCCUUCUCUUCCAAAGUAAUGUCCUCUGAUCGAGUUGGCCGGUUGAUCACCUCCUUGCACAACAUCGAAGACCACUUGACUGGAAAGAGUAUCAUUAUGGGCCGCAUUCAAAUAUACAAGCGACUUGUAAAACAAUCUAGAAUCCACAUGGCCGUCUACACAGACUGGCUAGAGGAUAUGUUCACAGACAUGCUCAGUACAGUUCGAGACAUUAGAGCUCAGGCCAUCAGCCUGGGAACAGAAGCAGGCUUUGCGCUACGCAACGAGAAGAAUGUGAUGCGCAAGGUGACAGAGAUUCUACAAUCACCGGACGACAAGACAACCUAUAUCCAAUUCUACAUCCGCAAGCUCGAAGAGAUGUUUAAGGAAAAGGAGAGCGCAUCUAUAGUCCCGCAGAUAUGGAGUGUCGUAACGCUUUAUCUGCAAUGUCCUAUCAGUCGAUGGGUGUAUUUUGCACCGUGGUUCAAGCUUGCACAGGACUCCUUCAACGCAGCCGAUUUACAUACCAAGCAGGAGGCCAACCACGCCUGGAAUAGAUAUGUAUAUCUGUCCAUCACUAGCAACAAAAUGGUGGCCAAAUCUCUGGCUCCCCUCGGACAGCCUUUAACAAGCCAAUUGCGCCGCAAGAUCACCUCGAAGCAAUCGGAGGAAGCAUUGAAGCUCCGAAGAACAGUCUUAGGUGGUGUCUGCAACCUCUGUUACUACGCUUUUCGACCUAGCAACGAUAUGCAGUGGAUUGACUCAGCAUGGGAUCUCGUUCUUCAACCUCUUGUAGGACAACUCCUUAGCCUUGACGGUACAAGUGAGCCGCUCGCAGAUUCAGUAACCCAAGCGUCGCGCAUCGUGGCCGGACUACUAGAUAUCUCUACCCCAAGAAGUUGGAAAGAUGAUCGCAUCAGAGAUAGUGCCCUAAUCAGCCCUGACGAGCUACCCUCGAUCGAUUCAAGGUGGACUCGCCGAAAUUCGGAAAGAGUCUUUGGUCUCGUUGGUCCAAUUUUGAAGAGAAAAUUCACUGAUUUAGCUAAUCCCGAAAGCUUGACUUACAGGCUUUGGAAAGCAUUCGCUGGGUCCAUCGCUGUCGCCUCAGCAAAGGAUAUCAAGGUGGCAGACGAGACCGGGCGUUUCAUAGCUUAUUCUUUUGAUUUGCUAUCCGACAUCUGGACCAAGGGGGUCUCCAAGGAAUCCGAGUCAUCUGGCGCAAAGUUCCUUUCCAGCGUUCAGCACUUUGUCGAAAUCCUCGUUCGCAAUCUUGGCUUGCUUUCAUUUACAGAAAAAAAGCUAUCUAUGUAUGUUGCCAAUACGUUUGAAGCUGUUGUAACACUCUCGACCCGGCUUGAUCGCACAGACAAGUCAGGUGGCAUGGUUCAAAUUCCACUACUGCACCUCUUCUCGAUGCUCAGCUCCAAACCUCCAGGCAUAGCUGACGAUGACAACCUUGCUGAGUGUUUCUUGUCUGUCUUUGCGCCAUUCUUUCACGACAAGCCUACUAGAGCUCGUAUUGAACUUUCAAGAGAAAUGCUUCGGCUUCUGCCGCGGGACACUCUCUCGCCUUACGGUCCCUGGAUUCUCACUGCUCAGAACAUUGGCUCCCUUUUGGAUCAGAACACGAUCUCAUCUAGCUCCCACCCACCGAGUAGUGACAAACUCCUGGGACCCGAAUACCGAGAAAUUGUCUCUCUCCUGGAACGAGGACUUGUUUCGCACCCCAGUCUCCCAGAAGAACGGUGGUUUUCCCUUUACAAUCUUAUAUCGCAUCACAUUGUUCAAGAGUGUGGAGAUGCUGGUCGAGCACUUGGUCUUAUUGAGCCGCUGGCCAAGAUCAUUACUGAUAAUUUCUUUGAAGGCUCCGGCAGAUCAAACGAAACGGCCUUAUCUGUAGCAAUCGCGUUAUUCACCGCUGCAAAGCUGCCCCGUAAUCGCCAAGCUGUUGAGGCUGCCAGGCGACGGCUUUGGGGUGCACCCCCAACUGCAUCACGAUCAUCUUCAUUCGACCCAUUCCAGUAUCUUUACCAGCUUCAAGGCCAAAGCAUGAAAUUCUUCUAUGAUAAUGAGACUGAGGGCAUAGAUGAGAAAAUGGUGGCUUAUUUCAAAGCCGUCGACACUUUUAUCGUCACAGGCUUUUCACAAAACGGCAUGAAAAUUCUACCAAAGCUUCAAGUAGGGCUUUCUUUCUGGAUUCAGGAUGAAAAAGCGCACAAAAGUUUGCGCAGUGAUUCCCCUGUUUCUGAACCAGUACGAUCCCUCUGGGACAAUAUCUGUACCCAACUUUCGACGCUUGGAAGUCUGGAGAAGAAGGAUCUUGACGCCAUCGAGCCACUUAUUUCUGCUGCUUUCAGGAGUAGGCAUCGCCAUGUUGUAAAUAAAAUGGCAGAAACAUGGAAUGCUUUAGUGAAGGAUGAGGAGAGUUUGGACUGCUCCGAGAGUCUCAAGUCAAUCAUAGCCUCUCUUCGUCCGACUGUUGAUGUCCUCUACCCUGGCUUGGAAGAGCCCAGUGGUGACUUUGGAGCUCAGGUCCAGUCAUUUGUGGACUCGCAAGACGACUUAAGUUUCGUGGCGCUCUCAUCGGCCAAGUCAACUGGACCAGAUGUCGCGAAAGCAAUUUCACCAGCACCAUCGAUGACACCAAUAAGCAUGAGAGGUCCAAUAACACGAAAGCGUCGCAGAGAUGCUACUCCUGAGUCGGCAGUGAAGACGAGAUCGGCCAAACGAACCACCACCCCUCGUCUCCGCCAUGACAACUCUCAGAUUCAGUUUGCUCCAAUCGUUUCAUCACCGCUGGCUGGAGAGUCUCAGCAUCUCACAGAAAGACAGAUGGAAGUUCGUCAGCGGCAAGAGGAGAAUGCUGGCCUCUAUUCUGAUAUUCGGUCCAGUCCCCGACCAGGAUCACGAGCUGCUACUGAAGAGGGGCCCAAAGAUUCCGCAGCCCAGAAACCCGGAAAUCUCGAGACUACCCCUGAGCGAAAAGCGUCAUAUGAAGAGUUUAUUACUUCAACGCCAACUCCCCGACGAGGUCUGGCUCUACAUCUUGAGGGCAUCAACGACCCGCCUUCGUCGCCUCCAGAGCCAAGACGCAACCCACUCUUAUCUGAAAUACAGACUCGGUCGAAAGCUAGGGAUUCAAUGGAGAGCUGGCAAUUCUCAUCGCCGCCAGGAUCGCCUUCUAUUGAUCUGCAGGCCACAAAGACUCAACCAGAAGCAGAAACCCCAACGAAGAGCAACUCAUCGGCUAAGAACAAGCGCUCUAAGCGACGCGGAAGAAAGUCGAGAUCUUCAUGGAAGCGUGAUAACGCAUCCUCUAGUCCUGUGGAUCAAGACUUGACGGAAGAGGUGAGCGUAUUAUCGGACACGCACCUGACGCAGAAUAUGGAAGAUGCGGAAGAAGACAAGGCCGUAACGCCAACCCGUAACCAAGCGGGAGAUCCUCAGCAGCUUCGGGGAACACCAAAAUCUGGAGAGGAUGAGUUUGUGGAUGCCCAAACAAGCCCUAUUGAUGUGCCAGACAAUGCAGCGCUCACAGUCGCCCAGAAGCAGGCGCCCAACCAGAACCUUGAAUCCUCUUUUGCACUUAGCGAGGGAGACGAGAGUAGCUUCAUGCGGUUCGUGGUGGAGCUUGAAUCGAGGCCACAGCAUGACCGUGAACAGUUCAAAUCUGUCUCUGUUUCUCCUGAGAAUAAGAAACGUGGAUCUCCUCCGGCAUGUAUCGAAGUGCAGGGCGACACCUCAUCUGAGGAAGAACAGGUGAUCACGAAACAACCCUCGCCAGCCGAAGUCAUUCCCUCUACACCUGUAGAUGUAGCUUCAGAAAUCUCCGAGCUACCAACUACAAAUCCCCGAGGAAGCGAGAGGAAGAGGAAACGAAGUACUCAUUCCGUUGAGACUCGCAGCAAAAGGAGACGGUCUACCAAACUAUCAGGGCAAGAGCAGGUUGGGAACAGCCAGCCAACGUCUCAAGAACCAAAUUCGCCUAUACCAACCGUACGACGCUCCUCAAGACGAAACGCAGGGCUAAAAGACAAGGAACUGCGAAAUCAAAAGACCGAGGCGUCACCAACCAAGAAAUCAAAACGAUCGUCCGUGUCCCAGGCGCCACAAACAAGAUCAACCCAUACCGAUACGCGGGAUGGCGGAGAUACGGACGAGGAAUUGAUGUCACAGCUCGUGACAGAGUCCAUUGCAGCUUCGCAGAGUCAGGAGUUGGAUGUCAAAAUCCCCGAUGCGGUUGUUGAAGACUCUAUGGAAGUUCUGGAAGUCGAGGAAGCAGCGCCCACGGAAGAGCUUGCAGCAGAGAACCGCGAGGGCUCGGUGGAAGAGACCCAAGACGCAGUGGCUGCGCAAGGCGAAACAAAGGAGGAAGUCUCGUCUGAAGUCAAACCAGAUUUGAUCAUGGAGACAUUGCGCGGUGGACUGAAACAACUGCAAGGGGCAGCACUAUCCCGUGAUGAAGUAUACCGAUUGGAAGAUAUGUUGAUGGAUAUGAAGAGAGAACUCUUCGAAGCCGAACGACGAGGAAGACUUUGA